AUGCGCAAUUUGGACGCCGAAGGGUUCGAGACUCCUCUGAACCAUGUCAUUAAUGAAGACGCUGACGAGUCAGAAAAGGAAGAUGGCGAUGGUGAUGAUGAUGGUGACAUCAAUCCCCCGAAGGAGCCGUUCCAGGGUCAACCUUGUCGCCGUCUUGAUGAUCCCGUCCAGCAGCAUCUCCAGCAAUUGGAAGACAUGAUCGCCCGUAUUCCUGGCGUCCCCCGACCAAUGGAGAAGGCCACCCCAAAUAGCUAUGCUGAUUCUCCCUUCGCCGACCCCAUCGCGUUGAUCGAGGUGCCCAAGCGAUUCUCCGUCCCAUCCAUGAAGCUCUAUGACGGCACCACAGAUCCCAACGACCAUGUCGCCCAGUACAAGCAAAGAAUGAUCACCAUUUCAAUCCCAAAAAACAUGUGGGAGGCGUGCAUGUGCAAAGGCUUCGGCUCAACGCUGACCGGACCGGCAUUACAGUGGUUCCUUAAUCUCAAUAAUGGGAUUUUUGCUAGUAGUCGUAAGAUGGAGAAACAAGCUAGUGAUUUGUACAGGAUUGUGCAAAAAUCUGAUGAAUCUCUUAAAGAAUAUGUGAACAGAUUUAACAGAGAAAAGGUGUCCAUUCCAAAUUGUGAUGCCAGGACGGCCAUUGAAGCUUUCAGGCGAGGGUUGGACGAAGAAUCAGACCUCUACAAGGAGUUGACCAAGUAUCCUUGCCAGACAUUCGAAGACGCCCAAGCUAAGGCGCUGGCCCAAAUCAGGGUGGAGGAAGACAUGCAGUCCAGAAAAGCCUAUGCUAGUGCUGACAGCCAGAAGACGGUGACCAACAAGCAGACGUCAUGGCGCCAGAAGCCAUAUAAGCGACCACAAGAAGUCCACAGCGAACGAAAAGUCGACGGCCAUCGUGACAAAUCCAAGUGGUGUGAAUUCCACGGAGACCAUGGGCAUCAUACUGACAAGUGCGUCGCCUUGAGACGAGAAGUAGCCCACCUGUUGAAGCUAGGUUAUCUGAAAGAUCUGCUGACGGAAAAAGGGAAGGAAACAACAUCGAUAGGCGAGGAUCGACACCAACCACCCUCUUCAUCAGCACAUGUAAAGGUAAUCAAUGUUAUCAGUGGUGGAUCAGAUAUUUGUGGACUAACAUACUCUGCAGCUAAGCGACACGCUAGAGACGGACUAAAUCAGAACGACGUCCUAAAAGAACUCUGUCAUCCACACGACGCUGAAUUGGAGGCUAUGCCCAUCACUUUUGACGACGCUGAUCUUGGUGACGAAAGAGAUAUACAUCAUGACGGACUGGUAAUAUCGUUAACUAUUAGUAAUUGCCUACUUAAACGUGUGUUAGUUGAUAAUGGCAGUUUGGCAAGCAUCCUUAUGAGAGGUGCUCUAGAAGACAUGGGGAUCGACGAGCGAGACGUCAUCCGAAAAUCCACUGUCCUUGUCGGAUUUAGUGGAGAAUCCAAACAUACCAUGGGAGAAGUGACGCUGCCCACCUUCGCUAAGGGAGUUAACAUGCCAACUAAAUUCUAUGUCAUUGAUUGUCCUUCUUCUUAUAAUGUGAUUUUAGGCAGGCCUUGGAUCCAUAUCAUGAAGGUUGUCUCGCCGUCGCACCAUCAGUCCUUAAAAUUUCCCACAAAAUGGGGGGUGCAAGAGAUCAAAGGGGACAGACGGAUUGCGAGGGAGUGCUACAAAAUGUCCUUCAAACCAAGGAAAUCGGAGGCAUAG